AUGGCGUCGUCGUCUCAUCCCGGGGAAGAUAGGCAGCUAGCCCUUUCCGAGGGGUCAAGCAGAAGUGCGGAAGAAAACACCGCUCCUUCAGCUGCUGUUCUUCCGGAGGAGCCGCAGCAGGCUGUGCAGGAGAAUCGAGCGGUGAAUGCAGCCGAUCAAGAACGGGAGUAUGGCUGCAAGUACUGCCAUAAGAAGUUCAGCAACAAGCAGGCGUUGGGCGGGCACCAGAACGCGCAUAAGGUAGAACGUGCAAUGGAGAAAAGUGCACGAGAAAUGCACGAGAGCCAGUUUGGAUACAUGGGUGGGAAUCCGUCGUAUUCCGCCAUGAAUCCCGACCCUUUUCUUGCUUCUUACAACAGAUCUCAUGAAUUCAUGAGCAGGGCUGUCGGAAACCGGCCCUUUUAUCCUCCCGUGCAACAUGGGACGUCGAUCCACAUCGGCGGCGCCUACAAUGCACGUCCCGGCAUGGCGGGCGAGCCUUACGCACGCCGUCCUCUCCCAGGGCUUAAUUACCCUGCGGGAUGGACAGCACCCGUGCCUAGAACGCCUCAUUUUGCACAUCCUUCGUAUGUGCAAAACCGUGCUCUAAAUCGUCGGUUUACGACGUUUGGAGCAGGCAGUUCUAGUGGUAGGCCGUCGUUUUCUGAGGGGCCGUCGAGUCUUCCUGGACCAACGCCCAGGCCAGACAGGAACCCUGUAGGCGGCGGAAGCAACCAGCAAGACGAGGAUCCGGACAUAGAUUUAUCGUUAAAGUUGUGA